UCACAAUGGUACUUACCUCAGUGGUUUGUUGUGUUAUAGAAAAUAAUGCUUAUGAACGUAUAUCAGGCCCCAGGCACAGCCUCAUGCACAGUGCAACCACCAUAACUGAGGCUGUCAUGAAACUCUCCAGUACAGAGAUGGAAAACCAUCUGUAACUACACAAAUAUAAGUUGUUACUCAUUAUAAGAUGUUAUAUUGAAUAGGUUGGAAAAGUUGGAGGGCACAGCCUUGUUUUCACUAUGAGACAUUUAUGAAGUAGGAAUGGAAAGUGAUGAAGCUGGAUCCCCAGAAGAACUGAACAUGAGACCUGACAAACAACCAGAAACACAUGAAGGUGAUCCUAAUGAGAUUCCACUAUUACAGGUUCUGCCCAGCUAUGUGACUCCUCUGGCCCCAGAGUUCUUGGAUCCAGCACUCACCCAGAAAGCCUUUGCCCACGAUGUCAGCAGCAUACAGCACAUGCCGGCAGAGAACUCCCAAGUUCCACAACCCGAGGACACGUUUCUUCCUGAGCAGGGUGGAGAUACCAGCUCCUCAGCAAAAACCAUGCAGUCCAAGGAAGGUGACACUCCCAGUUCCUCAACAAAAAUCAUGCAGCCCAAGCAGGGCAAUACAACCAGUUCCCCAGGCAAAACGAUCCUGCCUAAAGAGGGCAACAUCUUUAAUUCCUCCGGGAAAACCAUCCUUGCCAAAGAGGGUAACCCUGCUAAUUCCUCAGAAAAAACCAUCCCGCCUCAGCAGAGUGACAUCUUCAAUUUUCCAACUAAAACUAGCCCCCCUAAACACAAUGAUACUCGUAUAUCCCCAGGAAAAAGCACCCUUCCUAAAGAGGGUAACACCCCUAGUUCCUCAGCAAAAACCAUCCCAUCCAAGCAGAGUGACAACCCCAGUUUCUCAAAAAAAUCCAUCCUACCCAAGAAGGACAACAUCCUCAAGUUGUCAGAAAAAAACAUUUCACCCAAGCCGGGUGACACCUCCAAAUCUCCAGAAGAAACCAUUCAGCCAAAGCAGGGCAACACUCCCAAGCUAUCAGCAAAAUCCAUUUCAUUCAAGCCGGGUGACACCUCCAAAUCUCCAGAAGAAACCGUUCAGCCAAAGCAGGGCAACAUUCGCAAGCUAUCAGAAAAGAACAUUUCACCCAAGCGGGGUGACACCUCCAAAUCUCCAGAAGAAACCAUCCAGCCCGAGGAGGACAACACCCCCAAGUCCUCAGAAAAAGCCAUCCAGCUCAAGGAGGGUGACACCCCCAAGUCCUCAGAAAAAGCCAUCCAGCUCAAGGAGGGUGACACCCCCAAGUCCUCAGAGAAGAAAGCCAUCCAGCUCAAGGAGGGUGACACCCCCAAGUCCUCAGAGAAGAAAGCCAUCCAGCUCAAGGAGGGUGACACCCCCAAGUCCUCAGAGAAGAAAGCCAUCCAGCUCAAGGAGGGUGACACCUCCAAGUCCUCAGAAGAAACCAUCCAGCUUAAGGAGGGUGACACCCCCAAGUCCUCAGAAGAAACCACCCAGCUCAAGGAGGGUGACACCCCCAAGUCCUCAGAGAAGAAAGUCAUCCAGUUCAAGGAGGGUGACACCCGCAAGUCCUCAGAAGAAGCCAUCCAGCCUGCAGAAGGUGACAUCGCGGCAGAAGAAACGGUGGAGCUUUUGAAGGUCGACAUGGUGAAAAUGAUCCUGAGCAAAGAGGAUUUUGAGUUGGCGCUCAAGGAGGCAGGGGAGAGGCUGGUGGCCGUGGUCUUCUCAGCCAUGUGGUGUAUGCCUUGCAGGACCAUCAAACCCCUUUUCUGUUCCCUGUCUGUGAAGCACGAGGAUGUAGUGUUCCUGCAAGUAGAUGUUGAUGACUGUGAGGAGCUGGUGAAAGACCGUGGGAUCAUUUAUGUCCCAACCUUUCAGUUUUAUAAAAGAGAAGAAAAGGUGAGUGAGCUUUGUGGUGCCCUUAAGGAAGACCUUGGAACAAUCAUUGCAGAAUUAAAGUAGUGCAUUCUGAAAGCAUUA